AUGACGGUGCAGACUUCGACGCUGAUUAGUGCGAUCAGCCUCUUUCUUCGUUUUCAUGGAUGGAAGAACAUUGCUAUCGUAUUCGAGGUCACUGACGAGAGUAUGCAAAAUUCGGGUGUGGCCGAGACCAUACAACUCUUCUUCUCUAAGACCGAGUCCGGCACGGCGCCCCUGAACGUCUUCAUCAUGGAGAAACUGCAAUGGCACAUUGAUCCUCGCAUGUUACUGAAGAACUUUACACUGAAAACUGACGGUUCGUCUUUUAUUCUCCAUGUCCUAGCAUGAAUCUACAAUUUUCGAAGACCAACUGUUUUGGGGAGGUCAAACUACGCGAGGUUCGGUUCUGCAACCCCUUAUCGAUUGAUACCAUAUGGUUGACUUACUAAAACAAUUUCAUUUAACAUAUCCAACUUAGCCACUCGCUGGAUUGGGAAGGGAAAUGGAGCACAAGCAGAGCUCGAAACACGAGCAGGGUAGCGAGUGAAGGUGGCGUGUACACAUUCCCCCCCACCCCCCCACCCCCCCCCCCAACAUAGACAUUCGCUGGAUUAAGAGGAUAAGGAGGGUGUAAUCACAAUGAAGGGGGCCACUGUGGGAACCACGUGGUAAUUCGUAGUUCAUGGCCACUGAAGUGGAACCGACAGACUUCCACAUCGUCGGAACAAUUCAAUUAGCAAAUCUUCCUGGCCACUUGCUGCAUUAGGAUAAUAAAGAGAGCGCAAACAGGGCUAGAAGUACGCACAGAGAAGCGCGUGUGAACUGAUACCUGAAGUAACCAAGGCUGGCGUAUAGACCCUUCUCCCCCCCGCGACACAGUCACUCGCUGGAUUAAAAUAGUAAGGAAGAUGUAAAUACGUGAGAUUUGUGAAGUCAGCUUAUUCACAGCUGCAAAAAAAUUUUUUAGACAGCUAACCGUAUGGUAUCACUCAGGUGGGCUGAAGGACCAAAUUUCGUCCUUUACUACUAAAGUUUUAACUAUAUCAAAAAACAAGUUCAGAAGAAACUUGCAAAAGCAGCCAGCUUUGUCUAAGCAGCCAUUUCCGGCAAAGUAAUGUUAUAACUUGUGGAAGAGUUAGGGCAUCCGCCCCCGUUUUUAGUUCAGUUUAUUUAUGGAAAUAGGCGUGAGCGUCUGAGUGCCCUCUUUGCAAAGUAAAAUUGGGUGCAGUAUACAGAGAAGUCGUUUAUUUUUACCAAAUAUUUCCCUUCUUGAAGUGUUUUAUUUGUAUGAUUAUCAGGACAACCAAUGUCAGCUCGAAAACCCGUCUGUCUAAAAAAACUAGCUGGUAGCUUACAAACAGAACAACACUUUCAUUAGCGAUCUCGAUUAAGCCCACAAACUUUAACGAGAUCCAAGCCAACCGGUUUGGAUUAGUGAUUGAAGAAAAACACAAGAGCUUUUUUCGUGCACUGCGACACAAAUACAAAUUCCCUAAAAACUGUGGUCGCGGUUAUAAAGCUGGCGAGUACAUAAGACUGUGCGGCAGACAGAGGAAUCACGAAGUAAUCUUAAGAAUGGAGACCGUGUCUAACUACAUAGAUAAUAUGCUACUUUAAAUUUCCUAGUAUGCUUUCCUCACAUUUUUGGGGCGUUAUUUGGGUGGCUAUAACCCUGUGCCAGCUGAUUCGGAAAGAAUUGUGAAACCGAUUCAGUGAGGAAAGGCCAACGUCACUGCUUUGAGGCAGUGUAGUGAUGCGCCUCCUUUGGUCCUUGACCUCAACACAUUCUUUCAGAUUCAGUCAGACGUCUUCAGGUUUAAUGCAUUCAAGUAGGGCCGCAGGAAAUUAAGGUCACAGUCGCCUCCUGGUUACUGAUCACCGGCUCGGUGAAUUUCGGUCAAACUUUUGAGGCUGCUUUUUAUGCGGAAUAUGUAAAUGAGACCAGCCUAAAUGUCAUUUUUAAAAAAAUCGACGCAUGCUCUCCAGUCAACUCUCUGACAGUCAUUGCAGCCUGAUUGCAAAAUAUGGUGUACACGGAGGCGAAAAGAGAUUGGCUUUGUAGGAUGAAAACAGAAUAUACUCAAAAACGAGCAACUGGAACCUUGUCGGUAAGCAGUCAUACGUGUUGACGUCAGACAAAAACUGCUCCUAAUCAACCGCGCGUUAAAAUUUCGGGGCGCUUUAAUAGUAAGGCUUCAAUGUCAGGCGACCCGCCAUGCAAGUCCAUGCAUUCAUGGUUUCCUUUGGGGGACUUUGAGUAAGGAGCUGCCUGCAAAGCAUAAAUCAUGCGUCACGCGAUUAGAUGGCGACUGCAUCAAUGCCAACCGGUAAUUGAUGUAGAAAUAAACCUAAAAGACGCGGACCGAACAGCACAAGUUGUUGUAUAAAUAUAUAAUAAAACUGCAUAUGCAUAUCAGGCUCAUCAUCUCUCGAAGAAGACGAAGAAAAGAAGGAAACGAGUUCGCGGACCGAAUUAUAUUUGUGCUGGCGUUUAGAAAACCUACUCGUUUUUAUCUCCCAAGUAUUGUGGACGCUAUCCGUGCUGGCUCAGAGUUGUUCAGCCUUUCCGCCUGCCUCGUAUUUUAACUAUGCUCAACGCAAAAACUUUGACAUGUUCGUUUACUAUUGACUGGAUUUGACCUCCCCGAAGUCCACCGUAGGCGAACUCGCGUGACCUUUGGUCCUUUUCGACUGUCGUAGUUGGGACCAAGCCAGUGUGCUGGUUGGUGUUCCCCCGUCAGCCGGCGGAAUGAUUCGUCGUCGCGGUUAAGGUGAGUUGCUUUUGGCCUCGCGGGGGCUUCGGUGGGGCUGUAUUCCACGUUGGCUACGCAACCUUCGGGCGGCCCCUAGCCUUGGUAAGCGAUAUACAGGUCUAUAGUUCGAUUAAUUGUGAUAGUCGAGGACCAACUUUCGAGCACCAACCUGGCCAUUUUUUUCCUUGGCUCGGCUGAUCAUCCCCACUUUUUCAAAUACGCAACUGUACUUCUGCUGUUGUAUGCGGCCAUAGACCAGAGAGAGUUUAUCCUUGCGUUCGCUUUCAAGCUUAUGUUAGUUCAGUCUUGUGUGAAGAUUUUUGCCCGUCUAACCAACGCACCUCGCGUCACAAUUUUGGCAUGCUAUGUUGUAGAUCAUAACUGAAUAAUCUGCCACUUGUAGCAGGUCUUUGGGGCUCAUGCGUUGUUGUCUGGUUGUGGAUUCCGGUUUAUGAGCCACACCAAUCGUAUAAAGUUUCACCAUUCUUGCCAUCACCUCUAAAACUUUCGUCACAUAGGAGAUCGCGAGUCAGGACUUUGGUUGUUCUCCGAUCGACCGUUCAGAUUAGAACUUUCUGACGCACUUGUUUAUAAAAGAGUGCAGAUCUCCCUUGGCCUUUACUAUUGUAUGUAAGUACUUUAUCCCUCCUUGCACUCGUCGUUGUCGCUACAGUGUGGUUGAACGCGUUGGAAGAGGGUUUCGGUUCGACUGCGUCUAUGACCAACGAAGAUGGUCGUUGGAUCGUCACCCUUAUCUUCCUGUCCUUCAUGUCUGUAAAUUGCACUUCAUCGAAGGGUGACUAAUCAUUUACCUCUUAUCCACGGCAAAUUGGAUGUUGGGAAAGACUGGAUACAGAAGUCCCUUGAAGGACUGUAUGUCGUUCAUUUUGACCAAUACGAAUAUGUCGUCAGCUUACCUGACCCAGAAUUCCGGUAGUACAAGCUGGAAAUCAGAUGCUAGCCCCUUUACAAAACUUUUUCGGCGAUUAAUCCAGAUAAGCGAAAAACCGGUUUUCCCUUCCUUUGCCCGCAAACGCGGCCGUUGAAUGUGAAGAACGUCAUAAGACGCAGUUCAAGAAUUCGGAUGACGUGCAUUGACACGAGCUGUUGAUCAUUCACAACCGCCAAUAGUGUCGAUAUUCAGCCGGAGUAGGACCCUAUCACUUCGUCUGCCUCUAGUUCUAAACAUUGGAUACGUCUCGAAAACUUUUCCACCGACUUCACUGUCGGCUCCAAACUCUUGGUAAGAAAACAAAGCGAUUGAUGACAGACUGGCCGUCAUUUCCGACUAUGCCUACCGCGUGCUCCGUAGCAGGGUGGAAGCAGGGACGGCGACAAGCGCAUGAAUUCGUCUAUAGUGAUAAGAGAUUUUCGAGGCCUCUACCGCCCCCCCCUCAUCUUUCCCCACGUGGACUCGGCGUUAUGACAAAGUUAAGAAGACCAAAGGUGAGCGAGGGCGCAGGUGACUGGUACAGCAAAAACUCGCAUCCAAGCGCGUACCACCACACCGGCUGGGAUCGCGCUGAGUAGGAGUGCUAUGAAAGCCACAUUAAGGAGCAGCCAUUGAAGCCUGACUCCGCACACACUGGGCUGACUGCGAGGUCCAAGUUAUCCCGUCAGUUGGCAGCCUUUAAAGUCAGGGAUUUUAGUGUACUGUAAUAGAUUCAGACGCGUCUCAUUGUUCGCAGUGAGGAAUGUGCGCUGAGACCGUCUCUCUUCCCAUUCCCAGGGACCAGUCCACUGUCCGAAUGGGCCAGUUGUCUGAUGCAAGGAGUGGAUGCAAUGGUUGAAAGGGCUGUAGCGUUCGUCUGAUCGCGCCACGUGUACGACCUAUACCCCCAGACGCACACACCAGAGUUACACACACAAUAUGGAACGGCUCGGAUCUAACAUACAUGGAGGAGUGCUACUAAGUAAAAUCCACCGUAGUCUGACUUUCAGUCCAGCAGUCGGCCACUCAACGGACUAACUGCGUGGUCUGAGCUGAAGCGUCAGUCGGCAACCUUUCAAGCCAAAGUAGUUGUUACGGCUACUUUGACAACACAGAGGUGGGGGUGCCACGGAAUAAAGGAUAGGGCGUAGGGACACUCCUGGCUUGUGCACCUUAGUCGGACCGUAGAGGUGCGCCAUCGUGACAUCAAUGGCCUUUGCCGUCAGUGCUUCCCCUCGUGUGAGGACACCUUCAUUCCUCAAUUUGCCUAUCGUCCUAUUCAUGCCGUUUACGAGCUUUUUGAUCCCGCUUGCAGUUGUUGGCGCAUAGGAUCCCUUGUCCAUAAAGAGAUUUCCCAGUUGCGUCCAGUAUUUGACCUUAUUCAUGAGGAUUAUCGAGCGCACCAUGUCGACGGACAGGGUGACGAUCUCAUUCGACUUCUCCAUUCUCAGGAGUUCUUGGUCUUCCGCUUUGGAAACCCUCAUCUGGCGUUUAUGCCUGAGAAACAAAUUCGAACCUUACUACCGCAUGCUACAGUUGCUCUCCCCGUCUCACUCACACAUCUGCAGCGCUGACUAGAGGAUACAAUAGAGUCUUCUGAUCGAGCAUUUCUCAUGCUGAACUUUGCGUCAUAAAAUAGAAACGUUAGCCGUUACUGCGUGGGAUGAUGGGAGAGCACGUUGCGAACCAGAACCCCAUCAAAUCCAGGCUGUUUUGACGGUCUUAUUUUCAUAAAUUUCUCAGACAAUUGGUCACCAAGUAACUUGUGCUAUCACAUGCAUACAUGCACAUGUAGCGAUGAAAUCUCUAUGCAAGCUUCAUUGUAUCUCGACGAUGCACCCUCUUCCAUUGUGAGCAUCACUGUCCUCGGGGUCCAACACGUAAGCUGUACUGGAAAGCCCGUGCACGGGGCGUAAGAACAUACCGUAUAUGCCUCAGGGGCAACAUAUAACUGAUUCGUCAGAGGUAAUAUUCAGAGUUUUGGGUUCACUGGGCCAAACGCUGACAAAAUAAAAUGUAUUGGUUAAUGGCUCGCUCAGCUUAAUUCUCGAGAAAGCUGAAUAAGUUAACGGAAAGAAGUGUUUCAAGGGCUUACUAAGCGCGUUAAUAUCAGUAGUCCUUUCUUUGAUGGAACUACUUGGAGCAGACACGCAUCGCCUCUCAAUCAAACGAAGAUGCCAAAAGUUAAUUUACCAUUUCUUUCAGCCCUUCUUCUUUUGGCACGCCCCACGUUGGCUGCGUUUUUCCUGAGGUCCGUUAAAGACCUGCCGGUCUUUCAACGGGGCGAAAUAGCCAUAAUACAAAUCGAUCCGCCCAACUUCAUAACCUACGAUUCCCUGCGAUUCUGGCGCAUUGUACUGGACAAGGAGAUGCGAAUGGGGGCCGCGGGGAACAGCCUUUUCAUUAUGACCGCAUUACCAUACGGACCAGGCUAUGAUGCACACUCGGAUAUUUUCAAAUCAGUACGUUCAUCUAUGAGACAUAAUUCCUUAUUAAUUGACGUAUUCAGCUGGCAGGCGUUAUGAAAUUUCCGGCGUGUGAUAUGUCAUAUUUUACCUGUCUGCAGAAAAUAAUUCUAUGCACUAUUUUCUCCAUUAAUUUCCGAUACCCGGGUGUGUAUGUCAGUCACCAUAAACUUAGAGCCUCUAUAUCGCACCUGAUAUAACUUGAAGGGUGUGGCCCCAAUCCAACUGACAGACAGUCAUUCGACGCCUUACGAAUCUAGAGACUUCCGAUAGUUAUUAAAGCGACAUCGUAUUGUAGUUGCCGAGUGGUUUACGGUUAUAACACGUUCACUAGGCCAUAUCGUCGGUCUUAAUUUCACGGGAUUUCUAAUACCCUUAUUUGCUGCUUAAAACCUGAUUCACAUCCGACCAAACGAAGUCAAUUAAUAUCUCCCGAAAUUUCUCUAUUUCCUGGUUUUAUUAAAAAUUGAUAUAUGUGAGUUAUUUUAUCGUCCAUUUGACUCCCUUAAGUCACUAAAAAGUUGAGUAACAAGUCUAUGUCCCUGAUAACUUCGUUACGGAUUUAAACAGUUCUUUGGCAAAACAAUGAAUAGUUACUAAAUGGCAGCUUCUAAUGGCAGUUCCCAGGGCGUUUUGGAUGCAAAAUAUUUUUAAGUGCAUUAAGUAGUCUGUUUUUGCAAAUAAGUGAUGCGCAACUUAGUAACUGAUGGAUGAUUGCACGCCCGUACAGUGUGUCUUCGUCUUUGUUGAACUACGCCCUCAAGUCAUUAUCCGUCGGCAAACAAAAUCUGGAACUACCGGUGGUGUAGGAGAUUAGCCCACAAAAAUCAUGUAUAACGUACUCCGAACAAAAGAUCAAACAGAGUAUUUCCUACGGAGAUAAGGACACCGUGCAGCCGGAGAAGCUCAGUCAUGGGUGGAAAUCGCAUGAUUAGUUCUCAGUAAAAAUACAUAGAAAGCAUUUUCGUUCAUUCAGAGCAAAACCUAUUCAACGCAAUGUUUUGUGGAAGUCUAGGCCACACGUAUGGCCGGUAAUGGUUUUUUUAAAAUUUUCCUCACAGUAGAUGUCGGUGCGUACACGAGGUAAGUCAGUGAACGUUUUUUAUUUCAAUUUUUAUUUUAUUUUUCCCAUUACUCGCUUAUUUUGCAUCUGACUGACAGCCGCUUAGCCUGACUGAACGUUUCGGGAGCAAAACAACGUAUGCAGAACUUUCGGACUUUUAUUUUUUGUUUAUCAGAUCUUUUCCAGAAAGUAGAUGAUAUCUAUAAUGUAAUUUCUUUUCCCCUUUGACUUGGGUGAUCGAUUUCACAUGCUUGAGUCCUGAGUGAUGUAUUGGGAUUAGUUUCUGGAACAUUCAAGAGUUGUUGUGACUUUAGUAAGUUCCCUCAUUGUCAACGGAUACCGCCGCCGCGUCUAAAUGCCUUACUUGGGAAAAUAGACGUUGCAUGAUGACGACACCAACACGCAAGAGUCCGACAUAUUUUGCUUAAUGUAUAGGAAAUUUUUAAACAGCCCGGUACCUAAUCAGACGCUUGAAUAUUCCCAGGUUUUCUUAGAUAAAAGGGGUAAGAAAUGUGGUGUGCACUGUGAAAGUCAUACAUGCGCGUCAUGCUAAGCACGCCAAUAGAAAUUCAGUCCUCUGAAUUAACAUCCGCAGAUUGCCUGGUUUCCCCUAAAACCAUGCUUCCUUAAUUUUGUCCCCAAUGGUAUACCUGUUAUUUCAUUAGUCUCAAAAUUAUUAAUUUUGCCGGAAAACAUUGUUGUUAAAACUACCCCCUGUUGUCAUUCACGCCCUUUAUAAACAUGCAGUUUCUCUCAGCCAGUGGGCAUCAAAAAACUGAGACUUCGUCGACGUAGGCGUACUGAUAAUAAAGUGGCCCAUAAAUUCGACUCAUUCGAAAAAUUGAAGAAGUCAAAGUCAGCACACGUACGCUUUUGAUUAUUACUUAUCAGGUCCGUACGAUAAUAGGCAACUUGGUAGAGCUGUGGACGUUAAAAAAAGCAACUAGUGAAAAGCAAUGGGCCAGGGGUGGUUGAUGGUGUCUAGACAAGGAGACGAAUUAUGGUCUGGUUCUGUCGGAGGAAGUGUGGACGGGUGAGUGUGCCAGCAGGUCACGCUCGUGUUUCUUCGCUGUUAGACGACAUGGUAAGAUGCACUUGUCGGGCGCCGCUCGGCCCGGGUAAGUGGAUGGCCUCAACCAACGUCGUUUGUGAGCACACGGUUGGUCUGGUACAACUGGCAUAACCUGAAUUUAGUCACAUGCCCGUCUUAUUUAAAUGUCUCCUGGUGCACGCUUCAUCUCAUUCACCCUUCAAAUGAGGGGAAGUGGUUGUUAGUCAGGCAUUAGUGACUGCGCAAGACAAAAGAGGCACAUGUCAAUAGUCCACAUAGAUACCUCGAAUUGGCUUCCUUUGUUACAUGUGACCAUUUCUUUUAAAUGGAAAAUAUUGAGAAAUGACUGAUACUGCAGGUAAACAGUCCAGAAUGACAAGCAUGUCAAUUUGUUUCCAACAGAAAACUCUGGUGUUGGCUGCCUCUGCAGGCGCAAUGGCCAUAACACUGACACAGAUGAACUUCGAGGCCAACAAUAACACCCUACCACACGAUCGCGACUUCUUUCAGCCUCUUUUCGAAAAACCACUGACUGUUCCCGUUCUGCCCAAUGUAACCUUCUCCUUUGCGAGGUCGGGGGACUUCUACAACGACUGGUAUGACUUCUACUUCUUCACUCUUAACUCCGAGCUUGAGACAAGUAACAGGAGCAUUGCAGCGAUGCAGUUUGGGGAGAUCUUUGACCUGGCCUCUGUCAUACUCUCGCCCCUGGACACAGUACAGGCAGUCAAAGAGAAAGUUUGGCCUAACAACAGCGUCGGCCCAAAAACCGACUUUUGUUUGCAUGCCAAAUGCAACGAAGGUAGGUGGGAGCCUUGUCCAUGACAUUCACUCCCUUCUCCGAGGUUUCCCUGUUACGCAUAGUACUACAAAAUGCGCUUGUUUAUCUAUAUAUUUGUGAAAAUCCCCGGGAUAUAGGGCUACUGAAGUACAGAGGAAUGGGGUAUUACACGAACAAGAAGUUUACUAGCCUAAUAUUUCGGAUUCUCGCACGAACGUAUGAUUAGAGACAGUCGCGACCGCCUCUGAUGAUGAGUUUAAGUGGGAAUCCGAAAUCGCUUCCUGGUACUCGCCAAUUCGCUUCUACUGACUUCUGAAAUAGUUAAUAGAAAGUGCUGAAAAUAUGCUCUUUAACCAUCGACAGUCAGUCAUACAUUUUGUUCGGCUAUUCCCCAGCCGAGACUGUUAAUGCUUACUUGGAUUUUUUUUUCUUCAGGCUUCUCUGAAAUGAUUCACCAUGCGUUUGCAUGAUUUAAGGUGCCUGUGGCGGAGGUCACUAUGACUGAAUCAGUUAGUUCCAUUUCGCGUGAAUGCCCUUUGAUGACAACUAAACCAGAGGUGGUCAUUCAAGUGCCUUUAUAAGGAAAUCCAACUGCUCACCUAUAACCUGUCUAGCCAGCAUAAGCAAAAGUGCAGCGUAGUCAACAAUCGAGCCCCCAUUAAUGACAUUAUUUUAAAUGAUGGGUAGCUUAAUAUACCCCGCGUUUAACUAAGUAACGAGUAUAUUUUACUUCGGUAGUGAGGAGCGGGCAGCUCACGCUGACUGUUAGCUUUUGUUCCAGAGGAAGUCUUUGGAAACCACCGUCCCGAGUCCACUUCCGGUCGUUUUAAAUUUGUCUUGCCAAAGUAAUAACGUAGAUAAGGGAGGAGGAGUAAGAUGGAUGUUGUGCAAGUCCAACUCAUCAUAAACAGACUCGCACAAGUCACCUUUGAGUCCUAUUUGUUAGGCAGAAGCCGACGUCUCUGUUUUUGACGAUCGAACUUUCAUCGAGACACCGAUACAUACGAAGAUGAUUGGGGCGGACAGCUAACAAAUACAUCAGUAGAAUUGGUCUUUAUGGCCAUGUGCAACGGAUGAGUGCUUAGAUAGCCAGGUCCAGACCAACUUCAUCUAGAUCGGGGGCUUUCUUCGGGAAUAACCAUUGAUCGUCAGCCCUGUAAGUUUCUGCUUCUUACCGAGACCCGAAAUCUGAUAGUCCAGUUGAACGGACAAACCGGGCAUCAGCCACAUUUCCCGAGUCCUUUGUCGACUGUCAGUUGUGCUAAGCACCGGACGAUGCGUGCCUUUCUUGCCACUAGUUAAUUGUUCACCAAUCUGGGCGGCCGACCUCUCUGGCCUUGAUAUGUGGAAGGGAGGUGUGAAUACCGUACAGUUUUCAAUUACAUUAGCAGAAACAGCAGAGAGCAGUGAAUGCCUAUGUGGCUCACUUCCGUGGCUUCGAAACGCUGUCAAGAACGAUAGGAUAUCUCUGUAAGAAUCUCAGCAGCAACACAAACUUAUUAGCACAGGUUGGCUUGAGGUCCCCGCACAGUAUUGGUGAUAUCGUGUGGACUAGAGAAUUUACAGUCCUACAGAGUCUUUCAAAAAGUUGUCUCUGGGCCGCCCAGACCAGGGCACUGGCUGGUGUGACCUGUCUUAUUUACGACAAUGACCAGCCCUUUAAGUCACAGUCGACUGUAUAACUUAAAAGAUUUAAGUCAGAAUGCUGCGCGGCAAGGGUAUGGUUUUUGUCCGGGGAGACUUACUCCGGGGAGCAAUUUUUUUUAAAAAAUAACUGGCUGUGGCUGUGGUAGUCAUUGGAGUAAAAAUACGAAAAUAUAAUACCUUUUUGACAAUGCCUGCAAAGGGGUGUUAAAUUCAUUUACUACUAUCAUUAAAUGAUGAAAAUAGUGUCCCCUUUUAAUUGGUAGCAAUAUGGAGGACCAGAUUUGGGUAAGAUGUGGUAUGGUAGCCCCAUCUGGUGGACACAAUACUGUUGGGGUUGGGGUUAAGGGAUAGGGUUAGGGGUUAGGAGAUAUGGUUGGGGGUUAUGGCUAGGGGUUAGGGUUAAAGGUUAGGGUUAGAGCUUAGGGUUUAGGGUUUAGGAUUAGGGGUUAUAGUUAGGGGUUAGGGUUAAGGGUUAUCGCAACAAUUUCUCAACUUUUGAAAUUACAGCCACGCACUCCCAAUAGCUUUUCUUUUGCAUACAACUACUUGAUCUCGUCGCCUGUGCGUUCCCGGCUCCAUCUGCGAAAUCCCCUAUUACCAUCGGUCCCGUAUUAGAGGUAACUGGGGUUGUCUACUUCAAGUGGGGCUACGAAACCACAUCCGAGCAAAAUUUGUAAUUGCACGAAGUUCUUAGACAUUCUGCCCUUUUGUUAAACACAAAUAAUUCCAGAAUUUAGGGGCCCCGGCUAUAAACCAUAUCCUUGCCUGCGGCGCCACCGAAAACGAUACUGCUAUUGAAAAGUACUUCCGCCAAUCAAAAAAAUUUAGAUUACGAAAAACUAAUGACGACUAGAAUUCUUUCAAAGACUAUAGGAGUAGCGGGGAUGCUUACAGCAGGCAGGUAGCGAGUAAUUGAGGUUUUCGAGUAAAGGGGAAGCCUUGAUUCGUAAAUGAUAGCUAAUCAUGACACAUGAUGGGACAAAGAUGGAUUUAGUUAUUUCUUGUGCGUUUCGUUCGACACAUGGAUACGAGCCUCCUUAUCUUUUAACACCCUGUUGGCUAGCAUGACCAUUUUUGUUUCUAGCCCUUGAAGCUAGUUGGCAUUCCAUUGGCCAAUGUCCUUCCCUUUUUGCUACCCAGUACAUUCCGUGUGCGACUAUUCUGUUUUAACCGGUAUGAGCGUAAAGAAGAGGUUUGGCGAUGAAACAUGGUGAAAGCCUCUAAAUAAAUCUACGGACAAACUUCGAAAGGGGACUCAGAUCGUGCGCGGUCUAUUCGCUUUUGACCUUCACUAUCUACCCCUGACCGCAACAGCCUUUCUCAGAUUUCCCCGGAAAAGGUCCAAUUUCCGACAAGCAGUCAUUAUCGGUCAGAAGUCCAGACCUUUAUAUCAACCUUAACAGAUCAUCUUUCCUUUAUACAUCCCGUCUGCCUUGUUUGUCAUCUUGUGGGGUAUUUUAUUAGGUCGUUUUAUGCUCGGAUAAAAGAUCGAAAAGGUUGGGGUUUUCUGACGUUUUUCACUCGUCAGCGAAGUGCCUGUCAGCCUCGGUGAUCAAAAGUACAUGGUAUAGAGAAUAAUGAAUAUGCGAUUCCCGGAUAACAAAUGCCUCUCCCCGGUAGAUAUGUUUCCUUUUUGCUCCAAUGGGUGUUCAUAUGGUAGCCCUAUUAGGUAAUGGACUGCCGCCCAGCCUCGGAUGAAAGAAAUAAAACCAGAUUAUAGUACUUCUCGAUCCAAUGUUGCCCUACAAAUUUCGCCUUUUGGUGCUGAUCGAGAAUAUACAUCGAGAGUUCAUGUCGGAAGGUAAUUUUGUGAAGAACGCUGGGUGCCACAUCCGAGAGGUUUUGCUCGCAGAGACGCUGUGGAAGAAGGUGAGCAAUAUUCGAGUCGUUGCAAUUCCAUGCCAUGAAAACUAACAAAAAUACAAAGUGGAGGGGUUGCCAGCGAAAUAUGGAAGGUCACACCUCAACUGGAUCACCCGAACAAGAAGAGUGGCGCUGAACGCCGAGCAGAUUGGCUUUGUCUUCGAUGAAGACUGGACCCUCUGUGUCUACAUUUUCGCGCUUGACGCCUCGCUUGGAUGUAUUCCCUUAAGGCAUUGAUGCUGAAAAUGUAUUCGACAGAGAAAACCUUUAGUUUAUCUUUGCUGUCAAAAUCUCUAGUCUUUAAUUCUGCAUGUAGGAAAUAAUUUUGGGAAUGGUAAAUGGCUAGACGAGUUAGGCAUAGAGCGGAAAAUCGGGCGCUUAUCGAAUAAACGAUUAUAUGUUCCAAUUUGUCUGGGCGGUGUUAUAAUUAUCGACGCUGAACCAAGUGCCAGCAGGCGAUCACUCCAUUUACGUGAUUCAUCUACAUUUCUAAAUGAAGUGGACGACCUGCAGAUCGACGACAGAAUUUUUGACUGCUUUCAGCAGGAGACGUGUUCACUUACCACAGCAUAUUUCAAAUUGGACAUUUUACAUACUGGAUUCACUGCAUUUCCAAAGACUCGAAAGCAAACUUAUUAUUCUGCUCAUUAAUUUCUUAUAGUUGUCAGUUCGAAAAUGGUCAUACUGAUAAUCGCGGAGUUUUUGUGCAUCUGCGCGCUCGCGGGUACGGUUGCCUUAUUCUUCAGGUGAGUACCUUUAGUAAAUAUAUGCUGACAUUACAGGUAUUUACCUGAACUGACGAUGUCCUGAAACAGUACGUGAAAUAUUUAUGAAUGAAUAAAAGAAUGAAUGGCAGACGCAGAGACGUGGGCAUAAGUGCGUGGAGAGAGGAAGCCUCCAUCGUUGGGACGCGAGCUUUAUUCGUAUGACGUUUAUAAUUUUCCCCUGAACCAACUACUAGAGCCAGCAACCGAUAGUGGCGUAGGACGCAUACGGGUCCAGUAUUUACAAAAUUCGUUUGAUGCGCAAUCGCAUACCUACUAAAAUGCUCAUCUCCACUUUCUUCGCAUCUGUCCUUCCUGUUACGGAGCCAAUUUAGCACAUGAUAUAGUUUAUAAAGAGCAAAUUCGAGAUUUUUAAUUAAGAAAUUUUUAGGUAUGGUGAAUACAAAGCAAACGGUUGGGCUGGAUGUGAAUACAUGCACCCUCCCCCCCCCACUACUAGCACUUUGGCGAAAGAUCAUCUCUAAUACGGGAAUGGUAGUAAAGAGGUUUUACGGGUGGGUCGAUCUAAGGAGGCGGCGGUGCGGUUUAAUUUACUUGGCAACUUAAAGAUCGUGUUUACGCCACCUGCUUGUUUUAAUGUAAAAAUUAAGUAUGAAUUCAACCCCGUGCAUUAUAAGAAGAAGCCCAUAAGUAACCACAAGACCCUAUAAAGGAAGUGAUGCAAGACCACAAGUGAGAAAUUGCCGGGUAACUGUCCAGUGAGGAGUCACUUCUAUGGAAUGUUUGCCUUACCGGUGCCUUGCGGCCGACUCCAGCUGCAUUGGGUCAUACUACUUGAGGCGUUUACGGCAACGUAUGGGCUAUAGGAGGCUUUAAUACAGGAAAUCCUCCAGAGAUUAAGGAGAAAUGAGCAGUUUAAAUGUACAGGCAGGCCAUCAGAUACAUCGUCCAUACCUCGCCAAGAUCUUUGCGGGUAACGGUUUUUUGUGGAAGACGCGUGCUGCGAACGCUCACGCCAAGUCGUCCACAGCACGCAGUCCCAUUAUCAGUCGACCAGUAGUCUCGGAUAUGUCGCCUUGGAAUGGGAGAGGGAAGAAAGAUCCGGGCCAGUACUGGGGUAAUUUCCCUCGUGGCCAUUCGACGCCCACCACCCUUUAAUAAGUUCAAAUCUAAGUUCUAAUCUUUCUGGCUUGGAAUGUCACCAGGUGAGGCACUAGACCAUUCCUCCUUCGAAAUGAGUGUCAGGCUGUAAUGGCUCCUAAAAGCGACUUUCGUAGCCCUUCUCACUUCUUGAGAUCCUAACCCGUAUGUGACAUGCGUUGGAAGCCGACUUAACGUCAUGUCAGCCAACGUGUUCAAUCUCACCCUCAGUCGAUUUGACUCCAAUAAGUUAACUGGCAUAUGGGAGCACUUUGUCAAUUAAUUAUAAACAGUCAGGUGCGCUUUUAACAGGCCAAAACUUGCGGCUUGGAGAGCUACCAAUGGAGAGGAUAACUUGGCUCUGCACCGAACAAAGGGUAUCUUGGAACGGACAGUGUCUAUCCCAGCCAUCUAUUACAGUUCUCCUCGAUGAGAUUUUCGGGGUUGAAUAAUCGAAGACCGGUGUGUGUGAAGUAAGGGGUUAGCACGCGUGCAGUGUGCGUAGGCAUAGCUUUGGGAGCCCAGUCGGCCCCGUAAAGUGAUACUUCUUCAAACAGGUGCUCUUCUGGACACCUAGGGACUGCAGUAGUGUAGUGGUGUUUUGUGACAACGGUUAUAGUAAUUUAUAAUAAAGAUAUACACCAUGAAAACGUGGAAGCCGGAUCCAUCAAGAUCAAGCACAAACGUAAAUAUUAAAAAACCUCAGUUCACCAAAAUCAGGCAGAAAAGUGCGUUUCCAUUAAACAAUUACACUUACAACAAGGCAGGACAUAAAAUAACAUUUGUACAAAUUCCCUAAGCAAAUAUAAUUAAGUCUGAGUAGCCUGUAUCUUGUAAUAACAACAACUCGUUCGUUUGGUGGGUUAUAUGGCCAAAGAUGGCCCUUUACUGAAUAUUAGGGCCUUGUCUUUGUCAUCCGUUUGCAUCCUACUUCAGGCGUCACCAGCAGUCAAUGCAACUUAGAAGGGGAAUCAACAAGCUGGUCCUGUAUCCUGAUGAUGUCGAAUUUGCCAAGUCGGCGCCAAUACAGAAGAAGAAACAUUCAGUAAGUCGACUAAAUCAGGCUAUCCAGGUUUAUAUUAGUACCUGCCUAUGACAUGCAAUUCUUCUGCACUCAGCGGGUUGACCUUACCCAAAAACUGUUUCCAUUCCUUACGGCAAUCUAAAACGGCACCGGUCGGGUGAAGGCCCCCAAACACACAUGACCAGCCAAAGGUGCCUGUCUUACGGGAAAGGCGGUAAUAGGGGUUUUACGGGCGUGGCCUAUGUAUGCAUAGAGGAAUGGCAAAAUAAGCAUAGAUAAUUGGUAAAUUUGUUUUUCGUGCGAAAAGCCCUAAUGCAUUGAUAUAUGGCAACCGAAAUUAAGCAGGACAAUUAAAAAAAGAAACUUUAACUGUCUAUUGCGAUCGCUUCUCAACUCUCUGAGCUGAGUUCUCUAUAGAAAAUUCCCCUUGACCGUCUACGACAGAAGAACCAACUUUGAUAUAUGAAUCACCAAACCGAAAUAAUCGUGUCGGGCUUAAAUCCUCUUAAAUAAGUAUAGUAGGUAUUCUUUGUAUGCCACAGAUAAUUGGGGGCCAUCACCCGAUCCUCACCAUCUGAAAUUAAUGACGGUAGAAGUCCUUAAUGAAGCGUUCCUUUGUGCAAUCACAAAGUUCGCUAUUUUCCUAAGAAAAAGGGUCGAAAUAAUAUGACCCCGGUGACCUUGACAACCAAUCUCCUUCUGCAGUUAGUAGAACAGAGUAUUCUUGGCGGCAAGGAUAAGAGUUUCCUGGUCGUGUUUUCUCUAUAGCCAAUGAGUCUGCAUAAGAAAUAACUACGGUUUAUCAGAAUUUCGGACUGUACGAAGCUGUCAGUCUACCAGAUUCCUUUAGAAUCUCCGAAGUUAUUGGGUUUUACUGUUUGUAAAUGGUUUUGACUAAAUCGGUGAAACCAUCGUCGAAGAGCUGGUAAGGAAAAUUUAAUCAUCAACCUCAAAAUACAGCAAAUGGACCCAAAAUCCUCCUCACGUUAGAGAAACCGAUUUCUUGUUAACAACAGCCAAUGAAGGGAUUGCUUUAUAUUUGGGACCGCCGAGUGGUUUGCCCUCAACUUCUGAUCACCGCAUUUUUCACUAUCCAGAAUAUAUUUGGACAAACAGCUCCUCUUUUUAUUGGAUUCAGAUUUAUAAUGUUCCCUUCCCGCAGAUGACGUGUCAUAAAAACUACAUUAGUGGUGCAUGCAAAGGUGAUAUACGUAUUAACUUCUACUCUAGAUCACAAAAGAACCCCUCUUCUCUCCAAAGGUGACAUUCAGCGGCGAUGUGGACAGAGGAAGCGAAAGGGACGAAUCUGUGAAUGAUGCAUCUUCGGUUAUGGAGACAAUAAGCUACGGAAAGGCCAGCUACAUGGUAGGAUAG